AUGGGAAUUCUCUUCACCAGGAUAUGGAGACUGUUCAAUUACCAGGAGCACAAUGUUAUCGUUGUUGGGCUGGAUAAUGCGGGAAAAACUACCAUCCUUUACCAAUGUUCUAUGAAUGAAGUUGUACAUACGUCCCCAACAAUAGGAAGUAAUGUAGAAGAGAUAGUGAUUAAUAAUACACGUUUUCUAAUGUGGGCUAUUGGUGGCCAAGAAUCUCUUCGUUCUUCGUGGAGCACUUACUAUACUAACACAGAGUUUGUAAUAGUUGCUGUGGACAGUACAGAGAGAGAAAGGAUUUCUGUAACUAGAGAAGAAUUCUAUAAAAUGUUAGCCCAUGAGGACCUAAGGAAAGCUGGAUUGCUGAUCUUUGCUAAUAAACAAGAUGUUAAAGAAUGCAAGACUGUAGCAGAAAUCUCCCAGUUUUUGAAACUAACUUCUAUUAAAGAUCACCAGUGGCAGGUCCAGGCCUGCUGCGCUCUUACUGGCGAGGGAUUAUGCCAAGGACUUGAAUGGAUGAUGUCACGAUUUAAGAUUAGAUGAUCUCUACUGACCUAUUCUCAUAGACUUUGUAUAAAUGAAGUGCUGGACUUUACCUGAAAGCUGCAAAAAUUAAUGGUUUAGAUAUAUUUAUAAUAAACUGAUUUAAACAGUUAAACUUUUUCUAUAAGAAGAAAAAUUAAGACCACUUAUUUGAAAACAAAGAUGAAGUCUCACCUUUCCAUCUGCUUUCUCAUUAGUUCCUUCCAAAGCAAGGUCUUAAAGCUGUGAUGGACAUUUUUCUCAUAAAGAAUCAUCUCAGGACAUUGUGUAGCCUGUGGUAAGUACAAAGGGAGAGGAGGAUAUUUUUAAAUUUAAGAGCUUUAUUAUCAAAAGUAUUUUGCAUAGGGUU